GCCUUCAGCUUCGAAGAGCUCGAUGCCAACCCACUUCCCAGUAAUUUCGGAGGGAGGCAUUGACUAUUAGGGCGAUCCUACAUGGAAGAUACACCAGUGAGUGGUGAGGAUAGCUUGCGGUAGGCUGACGCGUUUACUAGUCGAUCACUACAACGCGGUAUAUUCACACACUUAUAAUCAACGUUCCCACGACUUCAGUUACAUACAGUAGCUUCAGUUGCAUCGGAUUAUGACUUUGCCUAACCGCACUUACAGCUGCCGUCACCUCUUAACGAGAGCAGUAUAUCCCCCGCUGAAUAUGCUCUCCCAAUUGCUCUAAGCACUUGCUGUGAUUCUGUUAGCGCCGGAGAGGUAUCUCCAUUACACGCAGGAGAAUUUUUAAAAGAUCUGUCAGGAAGAUGUACUACGGAAAGCAUAGGGACCACGCGAGUGAGAUAUGGCCCGCACGCGGAGGACUACAGAAUGGCUCUGAUAAAGACUCUUCGGAGACAGAGCGUGACUAUCGUUCCCCGUCUCAGUCGGAUCCAUCCUCUUCUCAAUCGAGACAGGGAGGACGAAUAAACGGCUUUUCGGACAACGACCUACACGCAGGAUCGGUUGUAACUCUCCCUGACGUUAGUCCUAUGGAACCCUACUGGUCGGCCAAACGACAUCUAACAUGCGGCAACCCGACACCUCCACCACCCUGGGCUCCGAGGAUGACUCCCUGGCGUGCUUCUCCACAAAAGCUCAAGACCAGCAAUGCCGCUCUUGUGCUUUGUCUCAAUAUUGACGUCGAUCCACCAGAUGUUGUCAAGACGAGUCCUUGCGCAGUGUUGGAGUGUUGGGUAGACCCCCAUUCCAUGCCUUCAUACAAGGCAUUGGAGGUUAUUGGGACGAACUUACAGCACCAGUUCGAGGGUUUGAGCCCUAAGAUACCUUACAAGCCAAUCCUAGAUCCUUCCUCUGAUGACCUGAAGAAUAACUGCGAGAAAGCACGUAAGAUGGCGGGGAAUGAUACUGUGUUAUUCUACUACAACGGUCAUGGUGUACCCAAGCCUACACCAAGUGGAGAAUUAUGGUGCUUUAACAGGAACUAUACCCAGUACAUCCCAGUUUCCAUCUCGGACCUACAAUCACAUCUGAAGACGCCCUGCGUGUACAUAUGGGACUGUUCAGCUGCGGGUUAUCUACUGCAAAACUUCAUCACGUUUGCGAAGCGUCGUGAUGACGACGCGAAUAUGCACCACGGCGGCUACCCCGACCAUCCAUAUUCAGACUCCAUCCAGUUAGCUGCCUGUGCCGCAGACGAACAGCUGCCAUCUUGCCCGGAGCUACCAGCGGAUCUGUUCACAUCAUGUCUCACUUCACCUAUCGACAUGGCUUUGCGUUAUUUCCUUAUGAACAAUCAGCUACCCGCAAACAUCACUGCAGACAUGGUGAUGCAGCUUCCUGGAGAUUUGAAGGACCGUCGUACACCACUAGGGGAGCUCAACUGGAUCUUUACUGCGAUUACGGAUACGAUUGCUUGGACGACUUUCAGUCGCGACGUCUUCACGCGUCUGUACAGGUCGGACUUGCUUGUAGCAUCGCUAUUCCGUAAUUUCCUCUUGGCCGAAAGAAUCAUGAAGGAUUACCAUUGUACCCCUCAUACAUAUCCGCCUCUGCCAGCCACAAAGACUCAUCCUCUCUGGGCCUCUUGGGACCUUGCUGUUGACACCUGCCUUCGUCAGCUUCCAGACCUGCUGAAACAUGUCACGCCUUUGACGGGUGUGACUGGUUCACUCACCACAGGACGAAGGCGGUUAGCUGCGCGUGCUGAACAGACGCCGCCCCCUACUCUCGCUCCAGGGGAGAAGCCAUACGCGUACGUUCCCAGUAGGUUCUUUACAGACCAACUUACGGCAUUCGAGGUUUGGAUAUCCCGGGGAGGAUCUGCUCUUACCAAGCGUGGUCCAUUGUCUUUACCACUGAACGGUGAUUCACCCAUUACGAUGGAGGCUACCAGUUUUACACUUGACCCACCUCCGCCUCCACGUCAAGAGAAUCAAGACCAGCAUCUCGUACCUCGCAAACCGCCAGACCAGCUCCCUAUCGUUCUUCAAGUCCUCCUUUCCCAACCUCAUCGUCUCCGUGCACUCAUACUGCUCUCCCAAUUUGUGGAUUUGGGUCCUUGGGCUGUACACCUGGCUCUAACGAUUGGUAUAUUCCCAUACAUUUCGCGAUUGCUGCAAGCUACUGGGCAAGACCUUCGUCCAGUCUUAAUUUUCAUUUGGGCACGUAUACUGGCUGUGGAUCCGUCAUGUCAGGCCGAUCUAUACAACAAUCAAGGAUACAAGUAUUUUGCAACCGUGUUGUCGACACCAGAUGAUCCACGGCAGGGUACGAUCCCGAACAGUUCGGAGCACAAAGCCAUGUGCGCUUUCAUCCUGUCUGCUAUCGCGCGUGACUACCCGGCUGGUCAAGGCGCAUGCUGGCGAGAACGCGUCUUUGAUUCGUGUUUCGACAAGUUGGAUGAGGGUGAUUUCUUGCUUCGGCAGUGGUCAGCACUUUGCAUUGCUCAAAUUUGGGACGCGAACGAUGAGAUCAGGGUCUACGGUGUCGACAGAGGUACUCAGGAUAAGCUCAUUGCCGCGCUCUCUGAUGACUCUCCGGAAGUGCGUGCUGCUGCGUUGUACGCGCUUGGCACCUUCCUUGGUGCGUGCGGAUCCGCCGAUCUUCAGAAGCUUGGUGGCGGUGGUAGUGGGACUAUGUACCAACUUGAAGAGCGGAUCCACUUCAGGAUGGAGGUAGCUGUUGUCACAGGCGCAGCUCUUGCGGUAAGGGAUGACGCCAGUCCCAUGGUCCGAAAAGAGCUUCUCGUUCUCAUAAGCUGUCUAGUCAAGGAAUGGCGUGGCUAUUUCAUUGUGUGCGCUUGGAUAUACUGGGAGGAAGAACGGCGCCGAGUAGAAGGUCAAGGAAGGAUUGAUGAAGACAUGGCGGCUCAAGCGGUCGCCGAGUGGCUUGACGGCUUUGGCAAUGAUGAUGGUUUCCGAGAGGAGAAUCGCGUAUUGCUUUCUUCCUUCUUCACCAUCUUCUCUACCCUUCUUGAGCUUUCAGUAGACCCAUAUCAAGAGGUCGCGACGAAUGCCCAGACAAUUGUUGACUAUAUUACUGCCCUCCUUCUGGAGUCCCCUUUCUCGAGACUGGAUUGCACCACGCUUAACAAGCCUCCUGCAUCAACCAUCGAUGUCAGACCGUAUGUCUCCGGCAGAUCCCGUACACCGUCCUUACCAUCUUCUCAGUCCUCCCUGCAAGCUCCUCCAUCUCCCAAUCCAGCAGGUCGACCCGGAAUACAACGUAGUGACACCAUGUCGAGCGCUCUCUCAUCCGGUGUGUCAAAUACGUUGCGGCGCACUUCCUCGUUUGCCAAUGUUCUGAAGAGUCUGGCUGGUGGUAUCGCAUUCCCGUCAACGGAAGACGGCCGUUCAUCGCCUCGACCUACUCACGCAACAACAACUCGAAGUGAGCAUCACGAAGCGUCCCGACCGCCGUCUCCUCACCUUAGCUACGCACAAUAUACUUCACCUUACUCUCGUCCACUAACACCCACUUCACCUCGUCACCUUGCGAAGAACGUUCCUGAGCACCCUCCUCCGCCAAUGGAUUUCUUGCCGUCGGACGUUAUGGAAGCAUUGAUGGAAGAGGAUAUGGAACGACUGAGGGCCCGUCGGAGAAGCGGCGCUCACUCCAGAAGACCUCACCAUGCUAUCGCGGGUGGUGGCAUGUCCAGCCCAUCUGGAAGCACAUUUUCAAUGGACUCUGUCAGUAGCAGCGUGAUCCUCGGUCUUGGUACAGGCGUGGGUAUUCGCGAUGUGCUACCGCUGAAAAGUAGGUUCUACGACUGGUGCAGUGAGUACUUCAAAGAGCCUCAGAUGAGACAACCUGAAGCCGACGAACCUGGCAGCGUCCAGUACAAUUACCAAGUGUGGCGGCAACAGCGUAACGAACAUGGUGUUGCUGAGACACAUACUCAGGCUGAGGUAGCCGAUCGUUAUCGCUGGGAUAGGCCGGUAGCGACUUUACAAACACAUUCGUUCCCAGCUCUUCUAGCCUUCCACGCAUUCGACCCCCAUCUUGUCGUAACAAACGAAGUAGAUGUGAUCACUGUCUUUGACUGGACGCAGAGGAAGAGAAUCUCGCAGUUCUACAAUGGUAACGCUCGUGGUACAAGCAUCACGUCCUUGCAUAUUAUCAAUCAAGACGUAGGAGGGAUCAUCCUUACGGGAGCUGCCGACGGAGUAAUUCGUUUAUUCCGUAACUACGAUCCGGACGUAAGUUUUGAUCCAGUGCAAAUGGUCAGCUCGUUCCGAGGUUUGAGCGAACUUGUGCAUAUGAAACGAGGUGCUGGUGUCGUUACAAGCUGGAAACAACAUGGCGGACAUCUCCUUGUUGGUGGGGAUUCACAUGUUGUGAAGGUUUGGGAUGCUCAUACGGAGAGUCUGGUAAUGGACUUGGAUACUAGCACGGAUUCUCCAGUCACGUCUAUGGAGUCGGAUGAAGGAGCAUCAACCAAUUUCUUGGCUAGUUUCGCUGACGGCUCCAUCAAGAUGUACGACAGACGUCUGGAUGACGAUGAAGCUGUGGUACGGUCAUUCGUCCCGCACCGUUCAUGGGUACAGAACAUCAAAUGGCGACCCUUUGCGGGUCAAUUUAUGUCUGCCAGCUUGGAUGGCGAUGUGAGACUCUGGGAUAUUCGUCAAGAGCGGAGCCCCAUUCAGAUGUGGGAUUUGAGCCCCCAGGGACUAUCGGCAUUCGAUACGCAUGACCUUGCCAACGUAUUUGCUGCGACAACAACUGUAUCACCGUCUAACUGGCGUACUCAACGGACCGUGGUACAUUGCAUGCAGCCUGACCGGACAAACCCGUUGACUGCUAUAUCAACUGGGCUUACGAUGCCACCUCCUCGAGAGCCUCUUUCGUCCUUCAUCCCUCGUACCAGUUCACUUACAUUCCAUCCGAAGGAAAUGGUAUAUGCUGUGGGAUCGUUAGAUGGAUCAGUUCGUAUUAUGGGAUGCAAAUUGCGUCCAUAGAAAGAUUGCUCACUUGCUUGCGCUAUCUCUAGUCUUUAUUUAUUUGCUUUCGGUAUUGCUCAUUUUUCAUCCCUUUUACGUACUCAUGCUUAGUAUCGUUGAAACUUGCUACAGUCGCUCAUGUUUGGUUAGAUAUGCAUGUAUCAGUCCUCGUACUUACAGUAUAUACUAUGUCCACCAUGCUCUCUACUCUCCUACUUGGUGCUCCCUAGAGUUCCAUAAUGUACGCCUGUUGGAGGCUAUUAUGCAUUGUAUUUAUAGUCAUUCUGCACAUUCCAAUGUUAUGACCAAUGAGACCUGCUCUUUA